ACUGACUACUAAAGAAAAACAAACAUAAAGAAAGAAAGAAAGAGAAGAGAAGCCCUCAUUUUUGAAUCUCCACUUGAAAGAGAGAAAACACAUCUGAUUAGAUCUGAUACAUCUGAUUUCUUCAUACAGAUCCGAUUCAUCGAUUCCAUAACUGAGUUCUUCUUCUUACUAGGGUUUUGAGUUCCUAUCUAGAAGAUGGGAAGGCCCUCCGAGAAUUGGGAGCGGCUGGUACGUGCGACUCUCCGGCGGGAGAAGCUUCGCCAGUCCGGCCAAGGCCAUGAGAGGAUUCCUAGCGGUAUCGCUGGCUCUGUUCCUCCGUCACUCACUCGUGCCACCAACAUUGACUUGAUACUUCAAGCUGCUGAUGAGAUUCAGUCCGAGGAUCCCAAUAUCGCUAGAAUUCUUUGCGAGCAAGCAUAUACCAUGGCACAAGAUCUGGAUCCUAAUAGUAAUGGUAGAGGGGUUCUUCAGUUUAAGACUGGCUUGACAUCUUUAAUCAAGCAAAAGCUUGCCAAGAAAGAUGGAGCUCGAAUAGACCGUCAUCAUGAUGUUGAACGUUUGUGGGAAUUUUACCAAAAUUACAAGAGUCGACAUAGGGUUGAUGAUCUCCAAAGAGAGGAGCAAAACUUGCGAGAAUCUGGAACUUUUAGUACUAACAUGACAGAAUUAGAGCUUAGAUAUUCAGAAAUGAGGAAGGUAUUUAUGACAAUGAGGGCUCUUGUUGAGGUGAUGGAGGCCUUAAGUAGUAAAGAUGCUGCACCUGAUGGGGUUGGAAGACUUAUUAUGGAAGAGUUGCGAAGGAUAAAAAGAUCAGGUGCAACAUUGGAAAGGGAACUUACACCAUACAAUAUUGUUCCUCUUGAUGCACCAUCAUUAACCAAUGCAAUUGGCACAUUUCCAGAAAUUAAAGGGGCCAUUUCAGCUUUAAAAUACACUGAGCUGUUUCCAAGACUUCCUGCUGAUUUUCAACAUUCUGGAGAGCGGGAUGUGGACAUGUUUGAUCUUCUAGAAUAUGUGUUUGGUUUUCAGAGAGAUAAUGUAAGGAAUCAACGAGAGAAUGUGGUACUUACUAUAGCAAAUGCACAAUCACGACUUGGAAUACCUGUCGAUGCUGAUCCGAAGAUAGACGAAAGAGCUAUUACAGAGGUUUUCAAGAAGGUAUUGGACAACUACAUUAAAUGGUGCAAAUAUUUGCGGAUACGCAUUGUAUGGAACAGCUUGGAAGCAAUAAACAGGGAAAGGAAGCUCUUUUUAGUUUCUCUGUAUUUCCUCAUAUGGGGAGAAGCUGCAAAUGUCCGUUUCCUUCCUGAGUGCAUUUGCUACAUAUUCCACCAUAUGGCAAGGGAGUUGGAUAGUAUUCUGGAUCAUGGUGAAGCAACUCGUUCUACAACCAGCUGCCAGCUGGAAGAUGGCUCAGUGUCCUACCUCACUAAAGUGAUCUGUCCCAUAUAUAAAACAAUGUCAGAGGAGGCUGCUAGAAAUAAUAAUGGGAAAGCUGCACACUCUGCAUGGAGGAAUUAUGACGACUUCAAUGAGUAUUUCUGGUCGCCUACAUGCUUUGAAUUGGGUUGGCCUAUGAAGCCGAAUUCAUCAUUUCUAUUGAAACCAACACCGAAGAGGAGGACGGGGAAGAGCUCUUUUGUGGAGCACCGGACUUUCCUUCACUUAUAUAGAAGUUUCCAUAGAAUGUGGAUAUUUCUUGUAAUAAUGUUCCAGGCUCUAACGAUGAUAGCCUUCAAUGGGGGAAAACUCAAUAUAGACACGUUUAAAACUGUGCUUAGUGUUGGACCAACCUAUGCCAUCAUGAACUUCUUAGAGAGUCUUCUGGAUGUGGUGCUUACUUUUGGGGCUUACACUACAGCUAGAGGAAUGGCUAGAUCAAGAAUCGUCAUUAGGUUUAUCUGGUUUGGCUUGAGCUCUGUCUUUGUGACAUAUAUGUACUUGAAGCUGAUGAGAGAAAGAAAUAGGUCGUUUUCGGAAUCCCUUUAUUUCCGGGUCUACAUUCUUGUGUUGGGUGUAUAUGCAGCUUUACGUCUUGUGUUCGCCAUGUUGCUCAAAUUACCAGCAUGUCAUACUUUGUCAGAAAUGUCUGAUCAAUCAUUCUUUCAAUUUUUCAAAUGGAUUUAUCAGGAGCGAUAUUUUGUUGGUCGUGGCCUUUAUGAAAGGAUGAGUGAUUAUUUACGGUAUGUGCUAUACUGGUUGGUGAUUUUUGCUUGCAAAUUCACGUUUGCAUACUUUCUUCAGAUUAGACCACUUGUCACGCCCACCCAAAUAAUAAUGAAUCUUCCGCCACUUCAGUACUCUUGGCAUGAUUUAAUAUCAAAAAAUAACAACAACUUUUUGACGGUCAUCAGUCUCUGGGCACCUGUUGUGGCUAUCUAUCUUAUGGAUAUUCUCAUAUGGCAUACACUUUUAUCAGCAAUAGUGGGUGGAGUAAUUGGUGCGAGGGAUCGCCUUGGAGAGAUCCGUACACUAGAUAUGGUGCACAAAAGAUUUGACAGUUUCCCAGAAGCUUUCACCAAGAAUCUUGUCUCUUCUCAAACGAAACGGAUACCAUUCAACUUGCAGACACCUCAGGCUCCUCAUGAUAACAAUAAGAUAUAUGCAGCCAUAUUUUCCCCAUUUUGGAAUGAAAUAAUUAAGAGCUUGCGGGAGGAAGAUUUCAUAAGCAAUAGGGAGAUGGAUUUGCUAGCUAUGCCAAGCAACUCUGGCAGUCUGAGAUUAGUUCAAUGGCCUUUAUUUCUUCUAAGCACCAGGAUCUUGCUAGCAGUAGAUUUGGCAGUGGAUUGCAGAGAUACGCAAGCAGAUCUCUGGAACAGAAUAUGCAGAGAUGAAUACAUGGCAUAUGCUGUUCAAGAGUGUUACUACAGUAUUGAAGCUAUUUUGCAUUCCUUGGUUGACAAUGAAGGAAGACUUUGGGUUGACCGUAUAUUUCGUGAAAUUAACAGCAGUAUGCUAGAGGGUUCUCUUGUUAUAACAUUGCAUUUUAAGAAGCUGAAUAUGGUUCUCUCCAGAUUUACUGCUCUCACUGGGCUUCUGAUACGGAAUGAAUCUCCUGAACUUGCGAAAGGGGCUGCCAAAGCCAUGCAUGAAUUUUAUGAGGUUGUUUCUCAUGAACUAUUGUCAUCUGAUUUAAGGGAGCAGCUUGACACAUGGAACAUAUUAGCUAGGGCAAGAAAUGAAGGGCGACUCUUCUCUAAAAUUGAAUGGCCUAAGGAUCCUGAAAUAAAGGAGCAGGUGAAGCGCUUGCAUCUACUUCUUACAGUGAAGGAUUCUGCUGACAAUAUUCCUAAGAAUCUAGAGGCACAAAGAAGAUUGCAAUUUUUCACUAAUUCCUUAUUUAUGGCCAUGCCUCCCGCAAAAGCAGUUGCUGAGAUGAUGCCGUUCAGUGUUUUCACUCCGUAUUACAGUGAGACUGUUCUUUAUAGUUCCUCUGAGCUGCGAGUAGAAAACGAAGAUGGAAUAUCUAUAUUAUUCUACCUUCAGAAGAUUUUUCCUGAUGAAUGGGACAACUUUUUGGAACGUAUUGGCCAAGGAGAGACUGCUGCUGAUGAACUUCAGAAGAGCUCUAGUGAUGCCUUGGAGCUUCGAUUUUGGGCAUCUUACAGAGGCCAAACUCUAGCUAGGACAGUGCGUGGAAUGAUGUAUUAUAGAAGGGCAUUAAUGCUGCAGAGUUUUCUGGAGGAUAGAUCUUUGGCUGGGGACAGCAACCCACGUUCAACCUUCCCUUCAGUACAAGGAUUUGAAAUGUCACGCGAAGCUCGGGCACAAGCUGAUAUAAAAUUUACUUAUGUUGUCUCUUGCCAAAUCUACGGGCAACAAAAACAGCGAAAAGCACCUGAGGCUAAUGACAUUGCGCUGUUGUUGCAAAGGAAUGAAGCUCUCCGUGUCGCUUUCAUACAUGUGGAAGAGAGUGGUGCUCCUGAUGUAAAAGAUUCUAAGGAAUACUUCUCAAAGCUUGUCAAAGCUGAUGGAAAUGGAAAAGAUCAAGAAAUAUAUUCUAUUAAACUUCCUGGAGAUCCAAAACUUGGUGAAGGGAAGCCUGAAAAUCAAAACCAUGCCAUCGUAUUCACUCGUGGUGAAGCUGUUCAGACUAUUGACAUGAAUCAGGAUAAUUAUCUAGAAGAGGCCAUGAAAAUGAGAAAUCUCCUCGAGGAAUUCAAGGCAGAUCACGGUCUUCGCCCUCCAACAAUUCUCGGUGUUAGAGAGCAUGUAUUUACAGGAAGUGUGUCUUCAUUAGCUUGGUUUAUGUCUAAUCAGGAAACAAGCUUUGUCACAUUAGGCCAGCGUGUUUUGGCAAAGCCACUCAAAGUUCGUAUGCACUAUGGACAUCCUGAUGUUUUUGAUCGCAUCUUUCAUAUUUCUCGAGGAGGUAUUAGCAAGUCCUCUCGUGUUAUCAACAUUAGUGAAGAUAUAUAUGCAGGGUUCAAUUCUACAUUGAGACAGGGAAAUAUUACUCAUCAUGAGUACAUUCAGGUUGGUAAAGGAAGAGAUGUAGGGUUAAACCAAAUUGCACUAUUUGAAGGUAAAGUUGCUGGUGGAAAUGGAGAGCAAGUUCUGAGUAGGGAUAUAUACAGGCUUGGACAGCUAUUUGAUUUUAUUAGAAUGCUGUCCUUUUACUUCACAACUGUUGGCUUCUAUGUCUGCACAAUGAUGACAGUUCUUACGGUAUACACCUUCUUAUAUGGGAGAGCUUAUCUGGCCUUUUCUGGACUGGACCGUGGAAUUGCAAAUGCCGGUAAAAGGCUGGGAAGCACUGCUCUGGAUGCAGCUCUAAAUACUCAAUUUUUGGUCCAGAUUGGAAUUUUUACUGCUGUUCCGAUGAUAAUGGGUUUUAUACUUGAGUUAGGAUUAUUGAAGGCUAUUUUCAGUUUUAUCACAAUGCAGCUGCAGCUAUGUUCUGUCUUUUUCACAUUCUCACUAGGAACUAGAACACAUUAUUUUGGGCGUACAAUUCUACACGGUGGUGCAAAAUAUAGAGCAACUGGCCGUGGCUUUGUUGUGCAGCACAUCAAAUUUGCAGAUAAUUACAGGCUGUACUCAAGAAGUCAUUUUGUGAAAGCGUUGGAAGUGGCUCUGCUGCUUAUAGUUUAUAUUGCUUAUGGAUAUGCAAAAGGAGGGGCUGUUUCAUAUGUCUUGGUUACUUUUAGCAGUUGGUUUCUUGUCAUCUCAUGGUUGUUUGCUCCUUAUAUCUUCAACCCAUCUGGUUUUGAGUGGCAGAAGACAGUUGAGGACUUUGAUGACUGGACGAGCUGGCUAAUGUACAAAGGUGGUGUUGGGGUAAAGGGGGAGCACAGCUGGGAAUCUUGGUGGGACGAAGAACAGGCUCAUAUCCAAACAUUACGAGGACGGAUACUGGAAACUAUCUUAAGCUUGAGGUUCUUCAUGUUUCAAUAUGGCAUUGUGUACAAACUCAAUCUUACAGGAAAAAAUACAUCGCUUGCACUUUAUGGCUUUUCAUGGGUUGUGUUGGUAACGAUUGUUCUCAUAUUCAAGAUGUUCACUUUUACACCAAGGAAGUCUACAAAUUUCCAAUUGAUGAUCCGAUUUCUGCAAGGAGUUUUAUCUCUGUUAUUAAUCACAGCACUAUGCCUCGUUGUGGCCUUCACAAAUCUUACAAUUGUGGACUUGUUUGCCUGCAUUCUCGCUUUCAUUCCAACUGGUUGGGCUAUUUUAAGUCUGGCAAUUGCAUGGAGGAGAGUAGUUUGGACACUUGGGCUGUGGGAUUCGGUUAGGGAGUUUGCGAGAAUGUACGAUGCUGGAAUGGGAAUGAUUAUAUUUGCACCAGUGGCAAUAUUGUCUUGGUUCCCAUUUGUUUCCACGUUUCAAUCUCGCCUCCUCUUUAACCAGGCAUUUAGUCGCGGUUUGGAGAUUUCUCUCAUUCUUGCGGGGAACAAAGCCAAUGUAGACAUGAUGUAGACUAAAUAAGUUUUCCAUAUAGUCAUUGUAAUUUUAUUUUUUCAUUUUUACUGUUUGUUUAUCAAGUUUUAUAUUUGUAGACGAGUUUGAUAUAGAGUAUUGUUUUUCUUCAACUCUGAGUUUAAUAUGUAUUUGCAUCUUUGUCACC